AUGGCCGAACUUCUCACUCUCUAUCAGAACUAUCGCACUUUGUUCCUAUGUUUUGCCCUUCCUGUGCUCACCCUUCUCGUCGCCUAUUUGAAGCGUGACCGCAAGAUCAAUACUAUCCCUGGGCCAAAAUUGCAUCCUAUCGUCGGUCUUGGAUUAAAGCUGCCACCAAAUGCUGCAAAGCUCUUCAGACAAUGGGCUGGGGAAUAUGGAGACAUCUUCAAAGUUCGAAUUGGCUGGUAUAACUGGGUCGUCAUCAACACACCUGAAGCUGUGCGUGAGAUCCUGGAGAAGCAAGCUGUCAGCACUUCAUCAAAGGCACCCUCUCCCUUAGGCCACGAUGUUGUCACUGGCGGUAUGCGCAUGCCGACAAUGCCAUACGGACCUCGAUGGCGAGCACAGAGAUCGGUCGUCCGCCAGAUCACUUCUGUGCCCAUGACAUCGACAUUCGUGCCAAGCCAGGAAUUCGAAACCAAGCAGCUUUUGUUCGAUUUGGCAACGAACAAUGAAGAUCAACGCAGCUUCUACAUGCACAUGAGGCGUUUUGCCUUUAGCAUCGUCUUGACAAACACAUUCGGAACGCGUGUCAAAAACAUCGAUCAUCCGGAUGUGCACAAUGCUAUGAGGAGCCAAGCCAUUAUGCGCAAGACCCUGCCUCCAUACUUCAUCGUGGACGAGUUGCCACUUUUGCAGAAGCUUCCGGCAUGGCUCCAGCCAGGACGCAAAGAAGCUGAAGAGUGUGGCAAGGAAGUCCUCAAAAUCAAAAUGGAUCUAUGGCGUCGACUCGAGCGUCAGCACGAAGCUGGAAAGGCACCUGCCUGCUACGGUCGGGAAAUCCUCGAGAACAAAGAGAAAUGGUAUGCUGAAGGCCUCACUGAAGAAGAUCUUGCCUGGGUGGCCGGCGGCCUCGUCGAAGCUGGAUUCGAAACCUCUGCUGCAACACUCAACAGCCUCGUCCUGCACCUCGCCGCCAAUCCUCGCGUUCAGAAAGUCGCCCAAGAAGAGAUAAUGCGAGUCGUCGGACCAAAUCGCUGCCCUCGUUUCGAAGAUCUUUGCGACUUGCCGUACGUGCGCGCAUGCGUCAAAGAAAUGCUACGCCUGAACCCCAUCCUAGCCCCCGGAAUUCGUCAAUUCACAAGCACCGACGUCGUCUACAAAGACCACAUCAUCCCCAAAGGCACCAUCCUCCUCUGCAACACCGCCUACCUCCACUUCGACCCCACCCGCUUCGAAAACCCGCACGAAUUCAUGCCCGAAAGGUAUCUGAACCACAAACUCUACAGCUCCGAGUACGCCGCUAUGGGCGACCCUUACAAACGCGAUCACUUCACAUUCAGUGCAGGCAGACGUGUGUGUCCCGGCGCUCGGGUUGCGGAGAAUAGUUUGGGAAUAGCUUUGGCGGGGAUGCUCUGGACAUUUGAUAUUCGGCCUCCGAUGUCGGGAGAUGGGAUUGAGGGUCAGAUGGAUUUGAGUGAGAAGGCUUAUCCUAAUCCGGGUUUCACAACUCCAGGGCCUUUUCAGGCGAGGUUUGUGUUGAGAGAUGAGAAGCGAGAGAGGAUUGUGAAGGAGCAGUGGGAAGUUGCUAUGAAGGAGGGAUAUGAAUUGAGAGGUGUGCCGGUUGAUGUUGAUGGGGUUGUUCAGUAUUAG